UUAAAUUAGGAUGCAUGCGUAUCUGGAAGUCAACACGGACAGCAAUUUUCUCUGCUGAUUUAGGUCAUUUUGCUUGGACGUUUGACAGGGACCGAAACUGACGAGAACAGCAACAGUAGCGGCUGGCAGCCAUGAUGGCUGUUUGGAACAUUGGACGCGGCGGUUUUAUUGAAAUUUGCGGAGUGGUUACCUUAAAGUUUACAGCGUUGCUGCAUAGUUAGCACGGCUAAAUCAUUAAAUUAUGGUUUACUUAAACGCUAAACAGUUUUAUAAAACAAUUAAGCUACCUUUAAACGCGGGAUUAUACGCCUCUAUGGUUUUUAAUAGUUUGAUAUUUUUAAGUUUAAUUCACGUUUAAAAAAAAUCUAUGAGCAUUUGUAGAGAACUUCAUUCUUAAGUUCAAAACUACAGUUUUCGCCCGUUUUUGUUUGUUCGGUCUGUUCAUUUAGGAGCUGAGCUCUAAUAUAAUCGGCAUGCACUGAUAGUCCCUCUUUAUUUGUCGUGACGCUUCGCCUGUAGCUCUGUAGUUUCACGUGUAGUAAUGAAAUAAAAAUAGAGAAAUUGCCACAAACUAAGUUAUUAAGUAUGUCAUAUAAAUUAGGUGGAUUUGUAAUGUUUUUCCAUUUUGAGACAGAUAUUUCCUUCUUUAUCACAUGCUUAUCACAUGUUUUGAUUAGCAAACUACAAUGUAUACCUGGUUUAUGCAUUUACAAAUAUUAUUGUUGUGAAGACAUUUAAGUCUACAUUAUAAAUCAAUACAUAUCUGUGAAAGGGGAUGUUUACAGACAGUCCAUCCUGUUAGACUGAGCAUGAGCUAUUAUACAAAGAACAAUUGGCAAAAAUGUUGUUUCUAGAUGUGCAAAGCUGGUAGAGAGAUGUAAUGUGCUCAGUGCUUUUUCCAGUCAUUAUUUUUAUCUAAACAUUUGCUUCAGAUUUGCACAAUCCACUCCUGAGUCCAAAUAAUCAACAAUCUCUAAUCAGGUUUUAUUUUCUCUUUCAGAAUAAAUCUUCUGCUGUGACGUCAGGAGUAGUUCCAAGUAUCAAUACAAAUAAUACAUAUUGUAAAUGAGAGGUAUUUUCUUGAUUAAAAACAAAAAGAACUGUUCCCCCUUUUUUCUUUAGCUAUUGUUAUCAGUAUUAAAACUGUAGUAAGAUUAUGUAUCCAGGACUUCAAGAUAAACCUGAGCUAGUACUUAUACCCUCAUAUUUUACUCCUUCUGUUUGAAAAGACAGAUUUUUGUGAAAAUAUGGACCCUGCUUCCAGGAUGGUGGGUCUGGAUCCCCAAGCAAACAUGGUUUUCACAGUUGUAAAGCCAGUUAUGAGCAUCUUUCAGGUAUCCCCAGAGCAGGGCAGCAACAUAUCUCAAAGUGGCUUGGGCAUGCAAAGUUUAUCUGAAAAUCCAUUAGUCCUCCCUCAGCAGGCACAAGGUCAGGCUCAGUUAGAUCAGAACCAUUUGGAAAUGCACAGCACUCAGCCUCAUGUUCAGCCACAGAUGCAGGCUACUACCCAGCACCAAGGGGAAGAAGUCCCCCAACACCAGGAGGUGUCAGCAAACUCAAGCACAAACUCUGAGUCUAAUGCCGAGAUGCCCUUUGCAGAAGUGUCUUCUCUCCUGGAUCCCAACAUGAAAGGAUCCAAAGCUCGGAAAUAUCUAAUCUCAUAUGAUGAAAUUAAAAGACGUCUGCAGGCCCCAGAGAAAAUGUCCCUGCGGUCUCUGGCAGCAUACACUCGGGUCAGCAGAGGCCCAGCCAGCAAGAAAACACUUCUGGAGUCACUGACUGCCCUUGGCCUCUUGCCCAGCACAACCACUGCAGUAUCCUCCUCCUUCUCAAAGCUCACUGAAGGUGACACCAGAGCUCUGUGUGAAGAUUUGAAAGAUUUUUGCCAUGAUUACAUUGACUGCAGUAACAUGGCUAAACAACUCAUCCCUCAGAUGAACACGGUUCAACACUGGUCCAAAAUUAUUGAAACGAAGAACCAUCUUGAGGACAUGAGAAAAUGUUUCAAGGACCCAGUAAACAGCGGCGCAUUUGACAACGUCACUCAUGGCCUCGGUCUUGGAAUGUUGGACGUUGCAUUAGACAUGAUCGUCAUGGUAAUCGAUCAGCAGAUCCGCAUCCUGUCUGGUGCAGCAGCGUCAGACCCCGUUGACUCGGGUCUGCCGUCUCAUCGCAUUCGCAGGCGCCAACGCAAACUGCGUUCGUCCGACAACGAGAGAUCUCGCAAUAUUUGCGGGGGGAUGAAGGAGCAGGGGAAGAUCGUUUUAAAAAGCAAGGGACGAGCCAGAGACAGGAAAAAGAUAAGGGUGGAGUCAGGAGACUCUGUAGCUGUUGUGUCCCACGCGGAGCAGAGCAAGCCGGAUAAUGUUCAGAAUAAUGUCCUCACCCUGGUCUCUGUGGGUUAUGAAACGGUCUCUAGUGGUAUGAAUGCAGCUGGAACUGUUUGACGCCUGCUAAAAUCGCCAAUUCACACAGCGAAUCUAGGACAAAACACCAGCUAGACUCAGCCACUUAAACUCCAAUGAAGAAAACAAGUGCUCAGUCACACCCUGAUGCAUCUUUUACUGUUUUCAGACACUUAAACUCUUCAAAAACCAGAUGACAUAUUGAGGCUUCUAGACAUUGCUCUCAUUUUUCUCAACUUUCUCCAUGGCUAUAUUUUGCUUAUUGGUAGAAUAUCUGAAAAUCACUGGAGAGUAGAUUGAUUUUGAUAUGGUAGGAUUAGUUAGUUUGCAGUGGUUGAGUGAAAAGCAUAGAUAUACAGGUGUGUCAUUAAUCGCUGGAAAGUUAAUUUAUUUCAUCAUAUUCAUUCAAAAAUAGACACUUAUGUAAAACUCUUACACGCAGUGACGCAUUUCAAACAUUUAUUUCGGUUAUUUUUCAUGAUGAUUGAAAACCAAAAUUAUUUUUGUUGGACAAUUAGAACAUUGCCUUGGAAAACAAGGUUUCAAAGGCUUUGUUUUGUGUCUGCCAUGCAAGCGUCGAGUGAGAUACGUUUUUCUAUGAUUUUGUAGGCCUUAACAUAACUUUUAUGUAUUGAAAAUCUUUUUUUUUUCCGCUCUCUUAAUUCUGAGAGACUAAAUUUUAUAGUUUCAUUGCGUGAAAGCCACAAUGUUUGUGAUAUUUACGUAAAUGCGUACUUAAAGUCCACCUGAAAUAAAUGAACUCGUCAUUGAACUUCCUCAAAUGCAUUUGUGUCGCAGCAUUAAAUGUUAGUAAAAAGUUACAUGAUUAAUUAAUCUCAUGAGAGAUGAGUGGAAAGCUGCGUAUUAGUAACAAGGUACAUAGUAGCUUUGUCAAAGAAGGUAAUGAGUGGCUGAACCAGUCACUCAUUGGCUUUGUGUACCAUUAAUGAGAUUUUCCUCUUAGACUUUGAUUGUAUGAAUGUUUGUAGGGAAGCAUUGUUCAGGCUGUUACUGACCAAUACUGACUUAUGAUUUCUGAGGUUGGAGCUGCUGAUUUUGUUUUAUUAUUAUUAUUAGUUUUUUGUUGUUUUUUUUUAUAAAAACUUUCACUAGUAUAAAUUCACCUAAUUUGUUUUCAUUCAACAAUUGUACAUACUAAACACUGAUUAUGAAAUAACUAAAAAUGGUCCAAAGGUUAUUAAAAGAUACAUUUUGAAUCUGAAAGAAACUAAACAAGUUGCCGCUUAUCCCUACUUAUUCAUUCAGGCAUUGACCUUUAACCUUUACCUGACUUUUACUAGCAUGCUGUUAGUUAAUGCAUUUAGAGAUUAAAAAAUUGGCAUUUAAUAAAAAAGGAAUUGUAUCUGAACAGCUGAUCACUGGUCAGAGCCAAUCACGGGCUUUUAUUUUUAUGUUUUUUCACCUUAUUCGCCUGAUUGACCAGUUAAUCCACUAAAGUUUUGUUUGGGAUAGAAAUGAAUUUGUUUAGUCUCAGUUAAAACAAGGUUGGUGACUCUUAUUCUUCACCUGUCAUUUCCUCUGGAUACUGUGCAAAACUCUGGGAAGGCUGGUUGUAAUAGCACAUAUUUCGUUUUUGAUUAUUCAGGUAUACAAAGAGUGUACAGAAGAAGAAGUAGUCACUCUUUCACAGUUCUGUAAAUAAUCCAAAGAUUCAAACCAUGCAAUGUAGGAUUUGGAAAAACCUACUAUAGUUGUAUGAUUGGUUGUCUUGGUUUAACUGUGUUUACAUAGUAACAUAUUAUUUAAAGCCAGUAAGCCAAUUUCAGAGAAGUCAAAUGUGAAUUAUUUUCUCUUUGGUGAGUUUAAGUGAGUAAAAUUUUUCUUUUAUGUUAUGAUUUCAGUACAAAUCAUCUGAAUGUGUGCUGACUUGAAAAUUGUCAGAGAUAAGAUUUAUAUGUUUGCUCUACAUCUUUAUUAUCUAGAUUAUUAGUUUCUCUGUGUUAUAUAUAAUUUUUCAGCUUUGAAUAAAAAUAAACAAUUUUAUUUGGUA